AUGCGGACUAAACUUCUCUCUCGUCUCUUUUUUCGCAAACCUGCCGCCUUCUCUCUCACCCACAACCUUUACCGUCUCGCCCGCCUCGCCCAAGCCCCACACUGCCAGCAACGCCUGUUCCGAUCCUCUAUUCCCGUACGUACCAAUGGCCUAAGCCACAUCCAAGCAAUCGCACUAAGCGGCCCCCUCCCACACAAGACAAGCCGCACCAAGCUUCUAUCUCUAACGUCGACCCUCGGCCUGCGAGCCUCUUUUCAUCCACACACGACCCUCUCUCACAACCAAGCCCGUUCUCUUCCUUUCGCCCACAUCUCUCACACCAACCCCACGUCCGAGCCUUCUUCCCUACACUAA